AUGGCGCCACAAGCAGAAGACAAAGAGAUGGAGAGCAAGAGCGGUAUGCCAAGUAACGACGUUGAAUUUCUGAUUAUGUGUCUGAAGAACACAAAUGGUGGAGUGGUUUCUAUCAACUCGGCUGCAGUUGCAAGCGCGAUGAACUAUUCCAAUCCAAGAUCUGUCACCAAUCGCAUCGCCGCACUGAAGAAGAAAUACGAUCUGCCAUUUGGUACGGCAAAGGCAAGUCCGACUAAGUCCACCACCGAUGAAGUAAAACUACCAGUGACUCCCACUAAGAACCGUGUCACCAAGACGAAGGCGACACCAAGAAAGGCCGCUACUCCGAAGGGGAAGGCCAAACUGGAGGCAAAGGCCGAAUUCUCGGAUGAAGAUACGCCCAUGUUAACCACUGAAAAGGCUAGUGGAGAAAGCGAGCAGGAAGAGGAUUUCGAAAAAGAUAUUUGA